AUGCAACCGACACUGAUCGAAUUGCAGCGUCAGAUCACGGCCCUGGCGCCCAUGCAGAAGCCGACGGACCAGCAAGGCUUUGUGACGCUGGGGGCGGAAAGGGCCGACGCGGCGCUGGGCAGCGCGCUGGCGCGCGGCGCCCUGCACGAAAUGUUUGCGGCGCAAGCGGCGGACGCGGCGGCGCUGACGGGUUUUUGCGCCGGCCUGGCGCAAUGCAUUUCAGGCGAUGCGGGCAGGAUCGUCUGGAUCCGCCAGGGUUUUUCGGAAACCGAGGCCGGCCCUUUGUUCAUGCCGGGGCUCGCGGCGCUGGGGCUCGAUCCGGCCCAUAUCAUCCAUGUGCGGGCGCGGCGGCCCGAGGACGGGUUGCGCGCCGCACUGGAGGCGGUGCGCUGCGCGGCGCUGGGCGCGGUCCUGAUCGAACUCUGGGGCAUGCCCAGGAGCCUCGAUCUGACGGCGACGCGCCGGCUUGCGCUUGCCGCCGAAGCAUCGGGCACGACACCGCUCCUCAUGCGGCUUGCCGCCGAGCCGGGUCCGAGCGUUGCGCAGACACGCUGGCAGGUUGCGGCGGCGCCGUCCCGUGCGCUGGCCGCCAAUGCGCCGGGCAGACCGGCCUUCGACAUCACCUUGUUGCGCAACCGCGCCGGCGCAUCCGGCCAGCGCUGGCAUCUGGAGUGGGAUCAUGAACGAAAGCGUUUCCGGCAUGCCGCGACGGCUGACGCGUGCCUGUGCUUCACCGAAAAGCACAACAAUGCGCUGCGCGUCGUGCGGGUCGACCGGAAAGCCAUGGACAUCGGUUUGACGCCGGGGCUCACCCUGGCCGAUGCGCGGGCGCGGGUGCCGCAGCUUGCCGCCGUCGAAAUGGACCAUGCGGCCGAUGCGGCGUGGCUCGAACGGAUCGCCGAUUUCUGCGACCGCUACACGCCGAUGACGGCACUCGAUGCGCCCGACGGGCUGGUUCUGGACAUCACCGGCUGCGCCCAUCUGUUCGGCGGCGAAAAGGGCUUGCUCGACGAUCUCGUCGCGCGCCUGUCGCACGGGACAACGCAGGUGCGCACGGCCCUUGCCGGCACGCCGCAGGCGGCGCGUGCGCUGGCGCGCUUCGGCCAGCCACAUGUGAUCGUCGCACCGGGCGGGGAGGCCGCGGCCGUCGCGCCAUUGCCCGUGGCCGCGCUCGAGGCGGGCGCCGAGACCAUGACGGCAUUGCUGCGCGCCGGGCUGAAGACGGUCGGCGAUCUGGCAUGCCGACCGCACAAACCGCUGGUCGCGCGUUUCGGCGCGGCGCUGGCGGCACGCCUCGUCAGGCUUCAGGGCGGCGAGAACAUUGCGAUCGCGCCGCGCCGGCCUGUGCCGGUCUGCAGCGCCGAGCGCCGCUUCGCCGAACCGCUGACACAGACAGGCGAUGUGCUGGCGACGCUCGAAGCGCUCGCGGGCCACGCCGCCGACAGUCUGGAAAAGCGCGGGCAUGGCGGGCGGCGCUUCGAUGCGGCGCUGUUCCGUACCGAUGGCACGGUCAGCCGGCUGACGAUCGAGACGGCGCGACCGGUCCGGGCGCCCGAGGUCGUCACGCGGCUUUUCCGGGAACGGAUCGACACGCUCGGCGAUCCCCUCGAUCCCGGCUACGGCUAUGAUUUGAUCCGGCUGUCGGUGCCGGUGUCGGCGGCUCUGGAAACGGCCCAGCACACGCUGGACGGCCGUCAGGUCGAGGAUGAGGACGUAACGGCGCUGAUCGACCGGCUGAGCACCCGGUUCGGCCGGCAUGCGGUGACGCAGUUUGUUCCCGCCGAAACCCAUAUCCCCGAAGAGGCCGUGCGUGCCAUGCCUGCCGGGCAUGCGGCCGCCCAAGCCACGCACUGGCAAAUGGCUCCGGCCGAUGCGCGUCCCAUGCGUCCGGUGCAUCUGUUCGCCCAGCCCCAGCCGAUCGAGGCGCUGGCCGAGAUCCCGGACGGGCCGCCGCUCAGGUUCCGUUGGCGGCGCGUGCUGCACGAGAUCGCGCGCGCCGAAGGGCCGGAGCGGAUCGCGCCAGAAUGGUGGCGCGGCGACGAAGGCAGCAGGACGCGCGAUUAUUAUUGCGUCGAGGACAGCCAUGGCCGCCGCUUCUGGAUUUUCCGUCACGGUCUUUACGAGGAAUUGCCGCACCAUCCCCGCUGGUUCAUGCACGGGCUGUUCGCAUGA